AUAAACAAUCUGUCGGCAAUUAGCAAUUUUUUGUUUGCUUUUACGUAAUUGUAGUCCUCAAUGUUAUCUUUAGUCUUCGAAUGUGGAAUUUGUACGGAAGUGAUACUCGUAAAGUGUGCCUUUUAAACUCUGGCAAAAACAUAUCGUCGCGCCAAGGACUUCAGAAGUAGUAACCGACUUAUUCCUGAGGAGCGCCGUCGAUGAACUCCGUCUUCUCUCCCGGAAUAUCAUCUUUCUUCAAGUAUUGCUCAAGUGUGUCAACCAAUCGUGUCAAAAUCUCCUUUUUUAAUACCUUCACCAGUCAUAGUUUUAAUCGUUUUUGGUGGUUUCCUUUUUCCUUGUUGUAAGCAGCGAAUCAGAAAGGUAUUCAGUCCUUUAGUCGGCAGUCAUGGAUCACCUAACCGACCUAAAAUUCAGAACCACCGAUCAGUCAAAUUCCUUAUUCUUUUAUUUAUGUGCAGUCAUUUUGUGUCCUUAAGUUUGCUAUGUCGUGUACAAGUUUGAUGGAAAUGUGGGGCGCGAUUGAACAUCUGAAGGACCCUAAUCUCGUUGCUUGUGUCCAGCGAUAUUUUGGAGUACAGCCUGUUCCUAAGUCAAAUUAUGAGAACAGCAGUAACGGUUCCAGUCCAAAUGAUCCCAACAACACCGUAUCCACUCAGUCAGAAACCAAGAAGUACAAUAUUACAAACAGAUGGUGGUACAUUAUUUUCCUGGUCAGCACUCACCUUGGAGACGAAUUAUUCUAUGCCCUAUUCUUUUCAUUUAUGUUCUGGAAUGUGGACGCCGUUGUGGCUAGAAGCAUCCUUUUCAUCUGGUGCAUCAGUUUGUCGUCAGGACAAGCCAUGAAAGACUACAUCAAGUGGCCAAGGCCACCCUACCCACCAGUUUACUGUCUCCAGAAGAAAUGGGCUCAAGAAUAUGGGAUGCCAUCUACACACGCAGUCAUUGGGGUUACGAUCCCUUUUUCAUUAUUAUACUUCUCGUCGCAAAGAUAUCAGUGCAACAUUUCCUACGGAAUUUUCCUAGCGCUCUUAUUUUGUGGAAUGGUAUGCCUAAGCCGGCUGUAUCUGGGCAUGCAUUCUGUCUUGGACAUUGUGGCAGGACUGAUUCUAGGUGCUUUUUUUCUCUUGAUGUUUCUACCACUGCCAGAGCUUCUUGAUCAGUUCCUUUUGACGAACCCAUGGUCACCAGUAACACUAUUACUUGUGAGCAGUUUAUGCGUUGCUCUGUACCCAUCCAGUAUUUAUUCACUCACACGACAAGAUACAGCAGUGGUCCUCGGUGCUACUGCCGGACUGUACAUUGGACUGUGGACAAGUCACCAUUUGAAUCCUGUUUUACCGCUUCCUUCUAAUAGUUUGCCUGUGUCAACUUUAAAGAAUGUGGGGCUGGCAGUGGAGCGUACAGUGAUAGGAUGUUCAGUUAUAUUCAUUUUCAGAACAUGCUUCAAAUCUGCUUAUCGGUUUAUUUUGAGUCUGGUGUCUGGCCCUAAAAUGUCGGCUCCUUUGUUUUUAGUUUUAAGUUUUUACUAUGUGCUAUACUUCAUGGUCGGCUUCCAUAUCACAUUUUUGAUUCCUCAUUUGUUUAGAUAUUUAGGUAUCGAACGCUCUUCAUAUCUCAAAGAAAUUUGAACAUUUCUUCCCUAAGUUUUUUUUAGAAAAUUUCUCGCCCAACUGUACUAGUGAAUCAUUAAUGGAAUGUUAUAAGGCAAAUUAGUGUUUCACUCCUUGCUUCACCAGCUAGUUUGAUGGGUCUCGGGAAAAUUUUUGUCAAUCUUCAAGAAUAUCUCCAAAAAAUCCUUAAAAAUCGUUGUUUUGCCACUCCGUUGAAGGAAAUGAACGCAGGAGGUACCUACUAGAUAAAAGGAGCUUUGAUAGUGGAAAAACUGUCUGGAAUUGAAUAUUCAUUUUAUGUAUCAGGAAAUGAAAACCUUCCUUCCUGAGUUUUUUUUUUUUUGUCAUCAAAUAGGUAUUUUUUAGUUCCAGCUUGUCUCCUCCAAAAAUUCAAAAUGCAACACAUAAGAGUUAAGAGAUGUGGUUUUAUUCACCAGGAAGAUGCGACUUGCAGUGUUCGUCUUCGUUUGGAACUCUUGAGUAUUUAUUUCUUGUGAAUAGAAAAAAAAUUAUGCUGUAUGCUGACUGAAUGAUAACUUUCAUUGCUUAAUUUGUGACCAGUAAGUAUAAUAGUGCGUAGUAAAAUUCUAAUUCGACAAAUAUCUGCGAAAAUUAAAACUAGUCAUAUCGUUUUUUGCUGGAAGUUAAAAUUUCAAUGUAUUAUGUAUUAUUGUAGAGCACGAUUUAAGCAGCAAAAAUUAUUGAUUUCAACUCGAAACCAAGAUACUAACGUUUAUAUUCAGCAUUGGUUACGAGAAAUUUGAUUUUCUCGCUCACAUGAAAAACCAGAGUUGAUUUGAAUCAAAUUGCACACCACAACGGUUUUGGUAGGUUUGUCAAUUGGACAUAUUUCUACCAUACAGAACUAUGUACAUUAUGAUGUGAGCCCUGUUAUGCAUGUAUCCUUAUGGCUCUCAGGGCUCAUGUCUUUGUGCACAUAGUUCUGUUUGGCAGAAAUACGUUCAAUUGAGCAAUAUUACCUCACUGCUCUGUGUUGCUCAAAGUGUAAUAGCUGAGCCAAAGCGCUAGUACUGAGGUUGUCAUAUCUUCAUACUGCGAAAACCGUCAUGAUAAUGUUUAUAAGGCGAAUUAACUCAAGUGGAUUAUUGUUUUUUCUAUGAGCGGGAAGUUUGAAUUUAUGCAUCAAAGAACCUAACAUUUUGGUUAAGAGCUAUUCCCAGUCAUUAUUGCUAAACAAUAUGCGUUCUACAUGAAAGUUUAAAGAGAAAACAUUCAGGAUGUUUGAUUUUCGCUUCUUGUUCAGCGGUUCAUCAUGUUGAUCCAUUCAGUCUCAAUCCUGAUUAAUUGAAAAAUCCUCUUAGCAUCAGAACCUCUCAUAAUUCACUAAUUCUUAUGGUAAACCAUAUUUGAUCGCAAAAAUUUGCCUGUUGUCUUAUCGAACUUUGUAGACUCAGUUUCUUCUAAUUCUAAACUUGAUAAAUGUAAAUUUGAUUAUUGCCUAGGUAACAUAGUUAAUUUUUUUUCUCCUGGUUCUCUUGUUGGAGUAUAAUGUAUCGCCGAGUAUACUAUUUAAUAAUGUAAAGAUAUCAUUUAAAUUUAGUAAAAUUGUUUAAUUUAGAUAAAAGUUUUGCACAGUAGGUCAAGUUUCAUCAUAGCAAUGAAUAGUAAAAGUUUUACCAUUCAUUUUGCUUCUAUUAGCACAUAUGUACUUGCUCAUCAGUUUUCUGUACAGAAGUGAAAGUUUUUCAUGUGACCCAAAAAAGGUGUGGGCAUAUUACUCUGGAUUGCUCAGCGCAGGGACUGAAACCUUAAUAAAUUAAGGUGAUGUCCUCAAGUAAUUGAAAAAUCGCCAAAGAUCUUUUUUUUUUAAAAUUUAGGGAUUUUAAUUUGCUACUCUUACCAUUUUAUUUUUGAUCAUUUGCCCUUGUUGAGUCAACAUCUAACUUUAAGCCCUCCGAACUGAUCAAUUUUUUUUUGUGGUCCCUAUACCCUCAGCUUAAGCACUGAGCUAUUAAUAUUUACAUUCCUCUGGAUGCUGGUUUUUUGUUUUACUUCUCUAAGGAUACUCAGUUGGUUAUUGAUUUUAUUAUUGUUUUUAUUUUCCAUUGAGCACAAAAACCUAAUUAUUCUAGCCAACAGUGAGUAUUAAAGUGUAGCAUUCAACGCAAUUUGAAAGUCUCUCUGAAAGUAGAGAUUACCGAUCAUCUUCCUCAGAUCUUAUUUAAACUUGGUAUGGAGGUAGGGCAGACAGAAAUAACAAUCCACACUUCUUUCAGCUGCCAGUGCACUGUUGUUUGUGAGGUAUGAGUUUUUAAAGUUGUAAAGUUUUGCUAACGAAUUUUGGAGCUUUGUGUAGAGUCAACCAUGUGCGUUGCUUUAUAUACAGUCAAUAUGGCUUGUUGAUUGUAACAACUCAGAGACUCAAACAGAAAAAAUUAAAUUGCUGAUUUAACAAUUGAAUCGCUAAAAAAAGUGACUGCAAUGUUUCAAUGUAGAUUUCACAACACAAAAAUGCCACUUUAACCACUAUUGUAAGCUAAUUUAACCAUGCGGGUGGUUAAAGUAGCAUUUUUGUGUUGUGAAAUCUAUGUUGAAAUAUUGCUGUCCUUUUUUGUAGCAAUUUACUUUUUUCCGUGCAGUUACAAAACUCUUGGUUCAGGUCCAUGAGGUCCAGGUUCAGGGUUUGUUUUUAAGAAUUUAAAAAAAUUAGAAUGGCAAUUCUGUAUUUGUCAUUUUCCAUCAACACCAAGCAUAUCAUUGGCACUUUUUUUCGAAAUUAUUUCUUGUGCUGAAAACGAAAAUAAAAUGCAUCGAACAGUUUGUAAAAAAGAAGAAGAAAAAGAUUGAAAAAUAGAGAUACAUAUUUUCAAAACAUUUUCAUGAGAUAUUUUCGAAAAUGGUUUGCUAUUUAAAUUUUUUGAGGAAAACGAUAAGUAAGGAAUCACCAUCAUAACCCUCUCUAACUAAUACACUAUUAUCGUUAUUUUUAACUGUCAGCCAGUCACAGGACAUCCAUACAUAAUUUGAACCAGAUCUCAGGCGUACAGUCGGUAGCCUUCUCUCGUCUGAAAAUAAGCUUGCCAUUCUUGCUAUUCCAUUCUCUAGAUGACAUGCUCUGUGAUAAAUUCUGAUUUAACAUCACCAGCAAUUUUGAAAAAUUCAAUUAUUUCCUUAUCUUUAAGAUUUUCAUCUAGUCAAAGAAAAAAGUCAUUCAGCCUUCUUUUGUUGAACUUUAGAUAGUAAAUGAUCUCCGCCGGGACAAGUCUCAUCCUGCCUUUUACCUUGGGUUAAAGUUGCAGUCAGGAGGCUAGGGGCCCCCACAGGAGAAAGUUUUGUGAAAGGUCUUGAUGUUUUGUCAUGAAAUAGCUAAGUAAACCAAUGUUUCCAAUUUGUCUUUUGGGGAAUCACCAGUUCCUCCAAAGGGAAAAAUUGCCCCUACCACAGAAUUUUGAGUAGGACCUUGGUUUUUUCGAUGCGAAGAUCCCUUCAAUUGUUCAUCUUAUCUUCCAGUCUGUUGAAUCUACUUAUGCCAUUGUCUGGUUGUGAAUUAUUGUGCAUUUGUGUACAUUUAUUGACAUUCUUUAUAAGCCUUUAGUCUGUGCAAUAAAUUUUGUACGUUUUUAAAUAAAUGAAUUUCAGUUGAUUUACUCAA